AUUUGUUAUUAUUUUAUAUAUAGUUUGCUAUGCUUCCUUUUUGUUAUGAAAAAGGGAGUGCCUGAUAACCCAUAACCGACCGCACCACCGUUUUCCUUUGCUUUGCGUUCUACAAUGUCGAAAACCUCAGAGAUUAUUACAUGCAAAGCUGCUAUUUGCUGGGGAAUAGGAAAACCUGUGACUGUGGAAGAGAUACAAGUAGACCCUCCCAAAGCCACCGAAGUUCGAGUUAAGAUGCUUUGUGCCAGUAUAUGCUCCACAGACAUCUCUAGCACAAAAGGAUUCCCACAUACCAAUUUUCCUAUAGCACUUGGACACGAAGGAGUUGGUAUUAUAGAGAGUGUCGGUGAUCAAGUAACGAAUCUGAAAGAAGGGGAUGUGGUAAUUCCAACAUACAUAGGCGAGUGCCAAGAAUGUGAGAAUUGUGUUUCAGAAAAAACCAAUUUGUGUAUGACAUACCCAGUAAGAUGGACUGGUCUAAUGCCAGAUAACACUUCAAGGAUGUCCAUCCGAGGAGAGAGGAUAUACCAUAUUUUCAGUUGUGCUACAUGGUCAGAAUACAUGGUUAGUGAUGCCAACUACGUUCUCAAAGUUGAUCCAACCAUUGAUCGAGCUCAUGCCAGUUUCAUCUCAUGUGGCUUUUCAACUGGAUUUGGAGCUGCUUGGAAGGAAGCCAAGGUUGAAAGUGGAUCCACUGUAGCUGUUUUUGGUCUUGGGGCUGUUGGAUUAGGGGCUGUAAUUGGAUCCAAAAUGCAGGGAGCAAGUAGGAUAAUUGGAAUUGACACAAACGAGAACAAGAGAGCAAAAGGAGAAGCUUUUGGAAUAACUGACUUUAUAAAUCCGGGUGAUUCUAAUAAAUCUGCUUCAGAAUUGGUCAAGGAACUAAGUGGUGGAAUGGGUGCCGACUAUUCUUUUGAGUGUACUGGAGUUUCCACUUUACUCUCUGAAUCCUUGGAAGCCACAAAAAUUGGAACAGGUAAAGCAAUAGUAAUAGGUGUAGGAAUUGAAAUUACUUUGCCAUUGGGUCUUUUUGCCAUUCUGCUUGGUAGAACUUUGAAAGGUUCUGUUUUUGGAGGACUCAGGGCCAUUUCAGACCUUUCCAUUUUAGCUGACAAAGGCCACAAAAAGGAAUUCCCUCUUCAAGAACUCUUCACCCAUGAGGUCACAUUAGCAGACAUAAACAAAGCAUUUGAGCUACUAAAACAACCCAAUUGUGUCAAAGUUGUCAUCAACAUGCCAUAGUCAUAUUAGCGCAAUUGUAGGUAAUCUUCGGCAAAGUUUGAAAAAGAUUCACGUUUCACUCUUUAUCAAUUACCAUUGUCUCUCUCUUUGUCCUUCUCUAUGCAUGUGUGUAUGUGGAACCCAGAUCCUCUGCCACGAUCCUACCACCUACAAUAGUAUUUUGUCCGUUUCAUUGAUCCUACGACUAUCCAAGUAAAUCUUUCAGUAGUUGGAUUAAUUCAAUGUCUGAGACUAAUUUUACUGUAUAA